CGGCGGCGGCUGGCGGCUGCCCGCGCCCUGCAGCUGGCUGGGGAGGUGCUGGCGGUGGCGGCGGGGCUGAAACCAGCCUUGCUGUACGACUGCGGGCCGGCGGAGGCUGAGCAGUUGCGGGACUACCUGGGGCGGCUGCGGGAGGCCGGGUUGGACCCCGGCCGCCUGCACCUGCUGAGCGUGGCGGGCAGCGUACUGGUGCUGCACCCAGGGCGCGCGGCCCAACGCCUCGAGGCCGUGCUGCGGGCCCGGCCUGCGCCCUUCCUGGAUGUGUCUGUGGGCCGGGCGCAGCCGGAGCUCUGUGGAGCCUCGGCAGCCCGUACUAUCACGGGCUACCUCUCGACUCUCCUGGCGCACCUCAAGACCGCAGAAGCUACUGCAGGCCCCAUAUCUUCCAGUGAGAUUUGCUCUGCUGACUGGAACCUCUGCACUAUUUUUGGGGUGCUCCUGGGCUACCCGGUGGCCUACACCUUCUCAGUGGAGGAUGGCUUUGAGAACUGCUUGGCGUUGAUGCCGCUGAGAGUUUUCACUGUCCAGGCCUCCUGCCGCAGGAUAAGAGAAGAUCUCGCAGUCCAAAUUUAUUCCUUCAGCAUCCCUGAAAACCUUUAUCCAGAGAUGAAGGAGAUGGUGGAUGCCUGGUACAGCAACCUGAAGGACAGUUUCAGUACCCAGGAUGAUUUUGCAAAUCUCUGCAUUUCAAGUGAGGUGGUUACUCUUACAGCAGUGGCCUUAUAAGACUGAGUUUGUGCUUAAUCCAUUUCUCACCUAUAUUAGGGACUGAGGUGAGAAAAACAGUUUCCAGCUGAAUGGUGAGCAUCCCCCUGAAGUUAUCUCAGGAAGCCCUUGAAAUUGUAGAUCUCAGUCUCCCUUGAACAUAAACUGAAGCACCAAAGAAUAAAUCAUAGCUAUCUUGGGCCUCUGAUCUCUUAGGCCAUUUACAAUUUAAACGCUUGCGCUUCCUAGAAGAUCAGUCUGUGAAUAUGUGUGAGUACGGUUGCUUUACAGUCUGGGUCACGACUAGACUUUUUUUUUUUUUUAAGUUAUCCUUUUGCACCAGCACUCCAGACACUCCCCUCCCCAACUCGCUCAUGGAGGGAAUUACUUCACGGAGGGAAUUCCAAUGCAGGGCAUUGGAAGCUGUUGGUUUCUGUACUUUUUUUCCCCACUGAGUCCAUUUGUGUGCCUCACCUUCUGUAAAAUUGCGAUCAAUACUUAUUGUGAACAAUUGAAAGUUAAUAAAAUUGUAACAUUGCA